AUUGCAACUGUGAUUAUUUGGGCGUGUUUAUACAUAUAUAUGUUAAAAUAUUAGAAAAAACAUUAUCGGAUGAUUUACCCCUUAGUAGUAAUACGCAACGCUAACAUUGGGAGGUUAGGACGAUUCGUAGUUCUAAUGAUCAGUAAUCUAAUAAUUUAAUAGUUUAACGAACCUCAGAAAAAUUGUAAUUUCAAAAUAAAAGUAUAAAAUGAGACAAACAAUUUUAAAAUUAUAUAAAGAUUUAUUGCGCUAUGGUGACAAUUUGAAGUAUACAGACAAAGAAUAUUUCCGAUACAGAAUUCGUAAAAAUUUUAAACAAAAUAAGCAUUUAAUUGAUCAAAUAGAGAUUGACUUUCAAUUGCAAAAAGGACAAAAACUUCUACAAAAUCAGCGAGUAUUGUAAAUCUAUAGUUCUCUAUAGUGAAAUUAGACAAACAUAAUCAUAUAUUGUUUACAGCAAUGCUGAAGCUAUUAAAUAGAGCACAUAAUAAUCACUCUUAUGAUACUCAUAUAUCGUCAUUGAUUGUUAAAAAAAUGUACGGAUCUUUAUGUUGUGAAGUCAAGAACAUUUGGGGUAAUCUAUUAACUAGCCAGAAACAAAUUCGAUAUAAAUCAUACAAUCGCUUCUUGGAUUAUUCAAAAGUACCCAGUCUAGAAGAAAAUGAUUUACAAGAACAACAUGUUAGAGGAUCUGGACCUGGCGGCCAGGCAACCAACAAGACGAAUAAUGCAGUAAUUUUAAAACACAAACCUACAGGAUUAGUUAUAAAAUGUCAUCAAACUAGAAGUUUAGAACAAAAUAGAAAAAUUGCUAGAGAGAUACUGUUAACAAAAUUAGACAAUUUAGUGAAUGGUCAGGAUUCUCUGGAAAGCCAAAAGGAGCAAUUAAUGAAAAAAGAUUCCAUUAAAAAGAAACAAAAGAAGAAAAAACUCACAGAUUUGAAGGAUGCGUUUAUAGAACGCGAGAACUUAAAAUAAUCGAAAAUAUAUUAUUUAAACAAUUUUUUGCUCUAGAUAUUAUAUAAUAUCUUGUCUAAUAAAAUUUAAGUCAAACACAA